ACGAGUUCGAGCGGUCAAGAUGGCUGCGGCAGUAGGCGCUGCCGCCGCUGCUGCUGCGAGCGAGCAGGAGAGUUCCCUUCUGUUGUCGCAGCGAGCUCGGGCGAGGUCCUACGGCUCCAUCGUCGUCUCCACCACCACCUCGUCCACCACCACCUCGUCCACCACCACCACCACCUCGUCCACGGCGUCGUCCGCCACGGCUCACGCAGAGGCGGCGGCGGUGUUCGUGAGCCACAUCGUGCAGCCUGACGAUAGCCUGCAGAGACUCGCGCUCAAGUACGGGGUCACGAUUGAACAGAUCAAGAUGUCCAACAAACUGUACACCAACGAUUCUAUCUACGUAAGGCGGACGCUCCGGAUUCCAGAUUCACGCUUUCCCGGUGGGACACACUCCCACCCAGAGCAUUCGGAAGAGACGUCAAGAGAGUCUUCAUGUCACAGUGACAGCAAACGUGACCCCGUGGACCUGACCUCACAGGAUUACCUCUUCCGGUUGGACUCCCGCAUCCGGAAAUCCAAGAUGGCAGCCAAGAAGAUGCAGAGAGACACGGAGAGGUCGGAGGGCACGGCCGACUCGGACGGCUCAGACUCCACGUACCACGGCAGGUAGACGCUGAGCCCUCGCCUCCUCCUCCUCCUCCUCCUCCUCCCCGUCGCCCCGCGGGGAGCUGGCCCGUGGCAGUGAGUGCUGACGGUUGCUGGCCGUCGCACGGCCUCCCUGCGCUGCCGUCCGUGUCUCCGGGGCUGUGGUGCCCCCUCGACAGAGUUGCAGUCGACCUUCCCACGCAGCCGUUGUUACAGCGGGGGGAGGCGCGCGUACACACACACACACGUACACGCACACACGUACACACACACACACACACGUAC